UGGAAUUCCAUCUGACUUCCGCCUGCCCGCGAGACCCGCCCUGCAGCCAUGGCCAUGGCUCAACUCGCAAACCCGGACUGCUACGGGGCCUUUCUGCUGUCCUGCAUCUUCCUUCCGGUCGUGUUCUUUGUGGUUCGCAGGAUCUUUUCUGCACAGCUCAAGACCGAAGGCCAGGUUGCAUGGAUUCUGUCCUUCGUUUCGGCCGCGGUGAUGACCCUGGGCUCGUCGCGGUUCGUCUUCUUCAGCAGGCUGGCAUAUGAGCAAGAUCUUCUUUCCGACCCGCUCGUCAACGACAGGCUCGCCAUUUGGGUCACCUCCUUUUUUGCCGCCUAUCUGGUAUCGGAUCUGAUCCUGGGCACGGUGUACUAUCCCUCCAAAAUCGACAUGGUAACCGGGUGGAUCCACCACUUUGCCUACAUUGGCAUCUGCAUCGGCACCAUCCACCACCAAGGCCCCGGGCUGCUCAUGCUGCCAGCCUUCAUGGAACUUCCGACCGUGCUGCUUGCCCUCGGCCAUCUACACAAACCUUUUCGAAACGAUGUGCUCUUUGGCUUGGUGUUCUUUGCCACCCGAAUUCUGUAUCACACCUAUCUCAUCUGGCACGUCAAGGUGCAUCUGCCCGAGGGCUACUACUAUCACGUUCUUGGCGCGGCGGUGCUUCCGGUCCAUGUCUUUUGGUUCUACAAGUUCAUCCUGCAGCAGGCCCGAAGACUGUCCGCAAAGAAGCAAGAUGAGGUCAAAUCGCAGUGAAGGUCCGCACCUGUCCUGUACGAAAGGCGUCGCCACCAGUCUCUUCGUCGUCAACCCCUCCAUCUCUGCUUGGCUCAAGCAUCGCAUUCAUCAAAUCGGGGCUGAGCUGUCGUCGUCCGAGUCGCCAACUGAGCUGCGACCAUCGUACAAUAGAUCAUACUUGACAACACCCAGACAUGACCUGGACAUGACCUGGACAUGAAGCC